GGUAACCCACAGGAGCUUCCGAUCGCCCUUCGGGUCGGGGGCAUAGGCUGUUUGACCAGCGCUCCUGUUUGGUUUUACCUACAUUAAAGAGCCAUAUUAAGGUUCUAGACCGUUGGUUCCUGAACAAGGGAUAUUGCAAGAAGUCCAGGAGGGCCUGGGCCUUCUCUCUUGUUCUGGACUCUUUGAGGCUGAAGCUGACCCUUUACGGUGGUGUGUGGCUAGUGUAGUCAAUCACGUGUAUCACGUGGAAGGGGGCAAGCUGGCGAGCAAACUUGGCAAAUGGGACAAACAUGCAAACAAAAAAAAAAAGGCGGGAGUGGGAUGAAUCACUCGAUAUGUGCUUGGCGGAGUUUUUGUGUCGAGGGGAAACCGGAAUGAUUUCUUUAGACUGUGCUUGCCGAUUCAUUGUUUAGUUCGCUUUCUUUGUUGACCUCAUUAUCGCCUGGGCUUUUAAACACUCUUGAGCAGCCCUUGUUGCAUUUCUUUUAGUUCUAUUUGACCUUCAAGUGAGGCGGGGGGAAAUCAGCUGCACAGUGAGUUGCAGCGACAUUCGAUCUCUCCGCGCAACUUGAGCUGACGAUGAUUUUAGCAGAUGGGUCCGAAGCAAAAAGGCGGUGGCUCGAAGCAGAGGGGCAAUGCUGCGGAGGAGGUAGAGGAGACUUUGCAGGCUGUGGUUAUUGCCGACACUUUCGAGACAAAGUUCGAGCCGUUCACUCUCGACAAGCCUCGGUGUCUUUUACCUCUUGCGAACACUCCGUUAAUCGAAUACACGUUGGAAUUCCUUGCCAAUGCCGGUGUCGAAGAUGUGUUCUUGUACGGUGGAGCGCAUUCGGAUCAGUUGGAGAAAUACAUCAAUGCAUCAAAAUGGAGAUCACCGUCGUCACCGUUUAAGCAGUUGACCUUCCUCAAGUCCACCUCCACCUCCGUCGGAGAUGUCAUGCGCGACCUUGAUGGGAAGCAUCUUAUUACCGGGGAUUUCAUUGUUGUGAGCGGCGACGUCAUCAGCAACCUGCCUAUUGAAGGCGCUUUGGCCAAGCAUCGGGCUCGCCGUGCAGCGAACAAGGAUGCCAUUAUGACCAUGAUUCUCCGGGAGGCCGGCAGGAACCACCGGACCAAGUCCUCAUCUUCUUCGCCCGUCUUCAUUAUUGAUCCCACCAAGGACCGCUGUCUACAUUACGAGGAAAUCAAUCACCAUUCACAGGAGUCCACUCGCCUUAACAUUGACUCGGAGAUUGUCCUUGAACACCCGGAGCUAGAUAUCCGCCAAGAUCUCAUCGACUGCAACAUUGACAUCUGCACUCCCGACGUGCUGAGUCUGUGGUCUGACAGUUUCGAUUAUCAGACUCCACGGACGCAGUUUCUGUUUGGUGUGCUGAAAGAUUACGAGCUAAAUGGAAAGACUAUCCACACACAUAUCGUCAAAGAUCACUACGCUGCCAGAGUGAGGAACUUGAAGGCAUAUGAUGCGGUUAGCAAGGAUGUCAUUUCGAGGUGGGCGUACCCUCUGUGCCCGGACACAAACCUGCUCCCAGGCCACAACUAUGAACUUCGGAAGGGAAACCUAUAUCAGGAGCAUGGUGUGACCUUGGCUCGUUCAUGUGUCAUCGGCCGGCGAACCGUUAUUGGGCAAGGCACAAGCAUCGGAGACAAGACGACGGUCAGUGAUACAGUACUAGGAAGGAACUGUAAGAUUGGCAAGAAUGUCACUUUGAACGGUGCCUACAUCUGGGACGGUGCUGUGAUUGGUGACGGCACGACUGUGCGCCACGCUGUCGUUGCUGAUGGCGUACAGGUUGGCAGCAAUUGUAGCGUCGAGCCUGGUGCGCUCCUGUCAUUCGGAGUGAAGAUCGCCAGUGGAAUGACUAUCGACGAAGGUAAACGCAUCACGAACGCUGCGAGGGAGGAAGACGGUGGUGUGCCAGAAAGUGAACCAGAAGUCGUCGGUGAAGGGGGUGAGGGUUAUGAAUAUGUGCCCUAUGAAGAUGAGGAUGACUCUGAUACCGAGAGCAACGCCUCGUCAGGUCUGAUUUACAAUAUGGCAAAGCUUUCUCUCUCUACAGAAUCCAUUUCUACCCUUUCAUCGGAGAUUUCAGAGUACGGUUUAUCUCGCUCGGGAAGUUUCAGCAGCUCGGGCGGUGACGAUGAUGAGCAUGAGCAUUUCGUCCAUGACGCCGCCACCAGUGUCUACGACAGUUUGCGCGAUGGCGUCACAUCAGAUGUGGUGCAACUAGAACUAGUCAGUCUACGCAUGACAGCCAACGCUUCUGAUCACCAUGUCCGACGAGCCGUGGUGAUGGCAUUCAUGAAACGGACUCAGCAAUUGAUGGAAGCCGGCAAGGGAGCCGGGGACGUCGUUCGGGAGCUUUUUGGAAAGUAUCGCGAAAUUAUUGAACGGUCGCUGUUCGACCGGGACAAUAAUGCGAAGUCUGAUCAGGUCGACUUGUUACUUUUGCUCCAGCAGGACCUUGUACACCGCAAUCGCGGCGACACCAUCCUCUUGUUCGCUGCCAAGGAAUUAUAUGACCUCGAGAUUCUGGAGGAGGAGGCAUAUGAACAAUGGUGGGAUGAUGAGAGGUCCAGCAGUACUGACGAGAUGAAACAAGUGCGCAGCCAGACCCAACAGUUUGUGGAUUGGUUGGCAAGCGCCGAAGAAGAGGAGAGCAGCGAGGAAGAAGAUGGUGAUGACGAGGAGGAAGAAAGCGACGAUGAGUGAUCUGAUAAUGUCUGACGCAGAAAAACCACGGAAUGAACUGUUACGAGUGCAAAAUCAAAAGCAUUUCUAGUAGUAUUAUAUUAGAGAACUGGAAUAG